UCAGCGGCAGCGGUUACGCGACUCGCAAAACUUAAGUUAAAGUCUAUUAAAAGUUAGAUAAAUAAAGUAGAAAAUGUUUCGAAUUAUUAAUUUAAGUCGACUGGCCAAUACCCUGCACUCCAGUCGAGCAGUCACACAUUGGAAUCAGCCCACAGGGGCUCUACGAGGAUUCCAUGUGAACGCCGCGCGACUGAAACGCCGAAAAACAGCAGAGGAGAAGAAAUCCCCCAGAAUUAUAGAGUACUCUCCCAAGAAGACGCAAAAGACGGAUGGCGGAGCAUCUGAUAUCUGGAGGCACAUGUCCGUGGCCCAAUUGGCUAAGGAACUGGAAAGGCCUCUGGAUGAUAUCCAAGAGGCCAUGCUAUAUGUAAAGGGUGCCGACAACAUUGAACCCGCUUUUAAGCUAGCUGACCUCAAAAUCAUCCAGGAAAUAGCCAAGAAACUUGGCGCCAAAACCCGUGUGGUGGCCACACCCGAAGCUUCCAGCGAAGAUGACCAAAAGGAUCGCGAUGUGGCACCCAGACCUCCUGCUCCAGCUAAUCUUCUGCAACCACGUCCUCCUGUAGUCACUGUAAUGGGUCACGUCGAUCACGGCAAGACCACGCUGCUGGAUUCCUUGAGAGGUGCUGAUGUGGCUGCCGGAGAGGCUGGCGGGAUUACCCAGCACAUAGGCGCCUUCACCGUCACCUUGGAGAACGGGGAACGAGUCACCUUCUUGGACACACCAGGUCAUGCUGCCUUUAGCGCGAUGAGGGCCCGCGGAGCCGUGGCCACCGAUAUCAUUGUCCUGGUGGUGGCCGCUGAAGAUGGCGUUAUGGCGCAAACACGUGAGGUCAUCCAGCUGGCCAAGGAAACCCAAGUUCCUAUAAUCGUAGCACUCAACAAGAUUGAUAAACCCGAGGCUAAUAUUGAAAAGAGCAAGAGAGAGUUGGCGCAAAUGGGACUUGCUCUCGAGGAGCAAGGGGGCGAUGUCCAGGUGAUACCGAUCUCUGCCCUCAAGGGCACUAACCUUCAACUUCUAGCCGAGGCUGUCAGCACACAAGCCACUCUCAUGGGACUCAAAUCAGAUCCCACUGGUUUGGUUGAGGGAAUUGUGGUGGAGUCAAAGACCGAUCCACGUCGAGGAAAGCUGUCCACGGCCAUUGUGUCGCGGGGCACUCUCCGUAAAGGUUCCGUGCUGCUAAGUGGUUUAUCUCAUGCCAAAGUGCGAGGUCUCUUCGAUCACAAUGGCCAGCCUUUAACCGAAGCUCCGCCGGGCACUCCAGUGGAGAUUCUGGGCUGGCGCGAACUGCCGCUGGCUGGCGACCUCAUUCUCGAGGUGGAAACAGAGAAAAAGGCCCACGCCGUGCUGAAAUACCGCGAGCAUGAGGCACAGCAGGAGAAGAUCGAGUCCAGCAGCGAUGAGAUCCGCAAAAAGGAGGAGGAACACCAGGCCAAGUACCGGGCGGAGCGCGAGGCCCGCCGACUGGCCGGUCGCUUUCGAAUGCGUGGUGGCCAGCGGGUGAAGCAGGUGGACGACAACGAGGGCAAGCCACGGGUCAGUGUCAUUAUCAAGGGCGAUGUUCAUGGCUCUGUGGAGGCCAUACUGGAUGUGCUGGAGACGUACAGCAGCAAUGAGAGCUGCCGAUUGGAUAUCGUGCACUACGGCGUGGGAAAUGUGACCGAAGGGGAUCUCGAGUUGGCUAAGGCCUUCGAUUCCAUUAUCUAUGCCUUCGCCGUGGAAACGCCUCAGCUGAAAGGGGCCAAAGAUGUGAAUAUACGCAGCUACAACAUCAUCUACCGGCUAAUCGACGACCUCAAGGAGCAGUUGAGCAGCAAGUUGCCUCCAGUGGAGGUGGAGGAGGUGCUGGGCGAGGCUAAUGUCCUGCAAAACUUCCUCAUCAAUGAGGGCCGCAAGGAAGUUCCAGUGGCGGGUUGCCGCUGCACCAAAGGAGUGCUGAAGAAGGCCCAGAAGUUCCGCCUGCUGCGGGAUGGAGAAGUUGUCUACAAUGGACCCCUGGAGUCAAUGCGGCAUCUAAAGAACGAGGUUGAUACCAUUAAGAAGGAUGUGGAGUGCGGUUUGCGCUUCAAAGACACCAAGGUGCUGCCACAAGCCGGCGAUAUACUGCAGUGCUAUACCACGAACAUGGAGGCCCAGCAAACGGACUGGGAUCCAGGUUUCUAGUUUGUAUGAGCGACUUAAUACGCCCUGUUAUCGCCAUUGUAAUCUUUAGUUUUCUAUUAUAUACUGUUUAUAUAAAACAA